AUAUAAAGGCAAGCCAUGCUUUGUAUCGGCAGCUUCGAUGAAUGAGAGUGAGAUUUUAAUCCCCUUUCGUCUUAGCUCACCUUCACCGAGAGUAAACCCUAGAGUGAUCUUGCCGGUGAGAUUCUGAACACCAUAAUCGCCUCCGCUGCCUGUUUGGUGGAUUUCCACCGAACAAAUCCAUGGUUCAUGGCCUUGCAUCGUGAUUCCGACAAGACUUGUGGCUUCGCGGGUCCAUCAUGUGGUAAUCAGAGCUCCGGUUUCGAGCUUGGAGCAUGGAGGUCUUCAAAGAUGAGUAUCUCUGUUCAUUUUCUUCUUCAGAUGUUGCUUUUGUCUUGUCCUUAAUUUUGAUUGAGUUUUUGCGUCUCUGUUGAAUCUGUGCCGUGGUGAAUUUUGUGCUGAAAUUGAUUCAUUAAAAUUUGUUCAUAUUUGCCUUGAAUCAAUACCGGAUUGGAAUGUAUAGGUUCUAUAUUCUGCCGUUAAUUGCAUGUCCUAGGUUCACUAUUAUUUUUUUUACUUAGCUUUAAUGUUUUAAAAUCCUCUGUUUUGUCUUCAGGAAUGUUUAGUUGCUUUAUUUGUCACUGAAUUCCAUAGCAGUAGUCCUUAUGUGUUUCUUUCUUCUAAUAGCCGAACUGUCAUGUGUUGAUGAUUAGUUUCUGCGUUUUGUUGAGUUCUGAUUUGUUCUUAGAUCAUGAACAAAUAAUCUGCAAUUCUUGUUUCUAUGUGUUUUCCGCUGCCAAUUUAUUAUUUCAUUCGCUGUUUUGCUUCCAAAAUUGCUCUCUAUGCUUUUGAAUUUCUAUGUCUGUUCUGCACUGUGUAUCUAGUGGCCAAGGAUUACUGUGACCAAAGCAUUUCAUGCGUAUUCCAUCACAGUCUAAUAUGAUUUGUAUCAGAAUUUAUGUGUGGAAAUGCAAGCUUAGUCAUGUGAAUGCAUAGGCUAUGUUAGCAUCUUGUCUUGAGCAGCUUGUCUUCAUUGCUGGAGUCAUGUUCGUGCUUGAUAAAUGUUUUUGAUGCUAUUGCUGGCCUAGUAUAUUUGUUUAAGUUUGAGUGCUGUAUCAGUCUGCCAUUCAGAUUUCAGAUUUGCUUUAAUCAACUCAUACACAUUUUGAAAAUAUUGCUUGGUUGUUGGAGUUGUUUGAAUCUGAAUUCCAAACUGCAGUUGUGUCUAUUUGCUUUGAAUACCAGUCCUUGUGUUCAUUUUUUUUUUCCAGUACUGGUUUAGUAUCCAUUGUUCUUCCUUUCCUCCAUUUGUCUACUUGGCCAUGUGUGUUUAGCCCUUGCGUAAAAAAAAAAAAUACUGCUCUGGUUUAAUAGUUGCAUCUGACUUCUUCAUGAUCUGUUGAGUUGAAUCAAUUGUUCUAGUGAUGUUUUUUUUAUUUGUUCACUGAACUGAGGCAUGAUGAGUCAGUUUUCUAUUUCUUCUUGUGGCUUGAUAACAUUGUGACGUGAACAUUGGUUUCACUGUUAAACAUUGGAUUUGCCUAUAUCAGUUUCAGUGCCCUGCAUCCUUUCACUGAUUCUUGUUGCAUUAAUUUUCUUCAUGUCUUAGAUUCAGCUUUGCCAUGUAAUUUGUUGAGCUAUAGCUGUUGUUUUCUCAGAUUGUGAUCAUUGAAAUUGCUACUUGUUGCUCUGUCAUAAAUUUAGUUCUACUAUAUCAAUUUUUGUAUUGUAGUUUCUGUGUGGUAAGCUUCUGUUAUAAGAUUUUCACUGCACUGGCCAAGCAUACUCUGGUUGCCUUUUGUUGUGUCUUAUUUCUUUGUUUCCUUUUUGUUUCUUUCCAAUUGUUUUUGAGUUGAAUCAUUUCAAUCUGUCAUAUGCCAUUGACCAUUUGAAUGGAAUUGGAUAAUUGCUUUGAAGUGAACUGUGGUUUAAAACAUUAGUUGCAUAUGUGAUCUAUGUGAGUUGAAAAGAAAAUCUGUAAAAAAAAAAAAAAAAACAAAGAAAGAAAAUAUGAUGAGAAAAUCUGAAAGACAGAUAUUGUUUGAGUUAUUUGGGUGAAAAGAAAGUGAGGCAAAAUAGUUCACAACUUUACUCUUGAAUAUCCAUUUCAAAUACAAUUUGCUUAUGUUGUUGAUUCAACUAGUUUUGUGUCUUUUUGAUUUUAGUUUUGUUAAUCUUUUUCUAGACACAUUCCUUAGGUUCUACUUUGUGUGCUAUCCUUUGUUGCUUUGCCUUUUUUCUUGCUUGUCCUUCUUGCUUAUUCAAUUGAGUUUGUCCAUUUAAUUCUAUCACUUGAUGUUGUCCAAUUCUUCCAAUUGAGCUUUUCUUGAUUUUCUGCUUUGUUAUUCUUAUGUGGAAGACCGUGAGUGAUCUUGGUUCCUUUGGCUUGAAACUCACUAAUUUGGCAACUUUGUAGGUGAUUUCCUUAUCUUGAAGGUAGAGCUGCAGUGAAGGAGGAAUUGUGAGGAAAGACUUUGAGAUAGCAUUCCGAGAGAAUUUUGUGGAGUGAGCUGGGAUAUCAAAGGAGACCAAAUACUUGAGGGCAGGCUGGACCGAGAGCAAACUGGUCCAAUUCCAGUUGCAGAUUUGUUUUUCCCAUUUCUAUUUGUUUUGAUAUCAUGGAACUUUGUGGUGUAAUUUUCUUGUUUUAGUUUCUGUUCAUUUGCUUUGGAAUGGGAAAAUGCAUUAUUGCAAUUCCAUUCCUUAGUUGUUUGUAAUAGCUUUUUAAACGUGUAGUGUGAGGUUAUCAAGGGGUUCCAAGUGCCACUUGAUUCUUCACUUAGGAAAACUUCUCGUCUAGUUUAUGUUUUCUUGUUUUUUAAGUUUUCUUGUUCUUUAUGCUUUCCAUGUCCAGGUUAUGUGAGUGUUAUGCAUGCUGAAAUUUAUGUUUUACGUCUCUGUGAUAUCUAGGUUCAAAUCUUUCAACACUUAGUUGACCUUUCUUUGGUCAUAGGAUUUCACACACUUUGAAAGUAGUUUCUCACAAUUAAGAUCUGUUUUGCUAGAAAAUUUUAUUGAGAAUUUUUGUGAAAGAAAUUUAGAGAUUUCUGGCUAGGAAAGGUUUGGUUUCUAAGCUUGUCCAUGAGACUCACCUCCCUUUCCUGGGAACAUUUCUAGAAAUCUUUUCCUUUAUAUUCUCUUUAAAAAUUUCUAAAAUUUCUUUGUGAAAAAUUGUUUGAUAAGUGUUUUUGGCAAAAAUAAGUUUUCAUUCGAACCAUGAAUUGCAUUUAGGUAGUCAUUGUGAGGAUAAAAUGCAUCAUACACAUGAGAGUACAUUCCCUUUCUUUGGUGAGGACAUCAAUGCAUUAUCAUACAUAUCUUGGGAAAGGGAAAUAGAUGAUUUGGUGCAUUCAUUCCAUCCUAGACAUAGUAAAUACUAUUUUCUUACUUUGUGCAUUUCUAGUUUUGUAGGACAUGCAAAAGAGUGGUGGGAUUAUAGGCAGUCUAGAGUGGAAAGAGGAAGAAAAUCUCCCAUUCAAAAUUGGAGUGAGUUGAGAGCAUGUAUGAGAAGAACAUUCAUACCACCUUUCUUUGAUUUUGAUCGUGAGAUAGAGAAAAAGAAAAUUGAGAUAGCAAGAAGGAAGGAGGAAAAACUCACAAUACUCUUAAGAGAGAUGAGGGAGUUGGAAGAAAAAGAAAGAAUAAGAAUUCAAAGAAGAGAGCAACAAGAAAGAGAGAAAUUUGAGCAAGAAUUGAGAGAAGAAGAGGAACAACUAAGAAAAGAGAAGGAGGAAAAAGACUUAGAGGAAAGGGAGCAAAUAACACAAGAGAGUAAUCUUGAAAUACAAUCACAAGUGGUAGAGUUAAAGAUCAUUUCAAAUGCAAAAAGGGACCUUAUUGUUAAGGAUUUGGUGUUAAAUCUUUCACUAAUUCCUUCCCUUAGGUUCCAAUUUUCAAACGAAGCUCUUCCAUCUUUGAACUCUAUUCACUUUGACAUUAAAUCUUUUGUUUUGUUUCUUUCUCAACCAUUUUGUUUUCAAUCUCAUUCCCUUAUUUCACCCUCCUCAACAUCUUAUGUACCAACACACUUUGACUCCAAAAUUCAUUUCAAAAAUCAUCUUAGUCAAAGUGUAAAACAUAUUUUUGAAGUGGGCUUAAUACCAUCUUUUUCAAUCUUUAAGAGCCCAUUUUCACAUAUUUCCCAAUCACUUAUACUGCAUGGUCAUUAUGAUUUUAAUAUAAUUUUAUUUGAUGGCUAUUGCAGAUAUAUUUUUGAUCCUGGAGGAAUUCAUCUUUAAUUGCUGUGGGCCUUAAAGAAACCUCUUGAUCUAAGGACAGAUCCUUUUCAAGAGGGAGGGGAUGAUGAAUAUCACCCUAAGAGGCUUUUCAUAGCAUUGGCCAAUGCUUAGGCCAUUCCUUUUAAUUUCCUUUAAUUAAAUAAAAGUUGUCUAACUGGGUUGGUUUACUAAUUGCAGCCAAACUAUUCAAAUUGAAGCAUUUGAUGAAGUGUGGAAUGGAAUGUGUUAGACCAGCUACAUAACAGCAUUUUAAUUGGGCCGCCAAUUACUUCAUACAUCAUGCACCAAUGCUUCCCGCACCACCCGUCCUGCUGCAACUUGUUUUGAUAUCAUCACCUUCGUUGGGCCCGAGCCCAAUUCUUCAAACCUCACGCGUGGUUUGCUUUUUAUCUGCACCUCCACCAUGCUGACAACACCCUCACACUUGACAACAUCACCUCUUUCAUGGGCCGUCUCUUUGCAUCAUUCUGCAGCCCAAACUUGAAGACCAUUCCACGCCACAUCUUCCCGAGUGUACCCCAAAGGCAGAAAGAGUUUCUCUUCAAGCAUGCCAACCCUCAGUUUUCUCUACUAGGGUUAACGGCACACGAGCCUCACGCCUUCGCACCAGUUCAAACUAGGGUUCAUUGCCUCCUUCACGCUCCUGCCAUUGGAGUCGCGUUCACUUGCUAAAUUUUACCAAACGAGGAACACGACCCCUAGCCGUUAGGGUUAACGACCUUCCAUUCACCCAUUUUUUCUGUUAGGGCUCUUGUACACGACAGUGCCGUUAGUUCCUUCUUUUCUUCCACUUUCUUUCACGGUUGCCUUACCUAUAUAAAGGCAAGCCAUGCUUUGUAUCAGCAGCUUCGAUGAAUGAGAGUGAGAUUUUAAUC